UUCCAAGUCAGUUACAAGCUUUAUGCCUUAUUGUGCACUUUUAAAGCUUGUUUCUUGCACGGAAAAUGUCGAAUUUUUCCGUGUUUUUCUUGCUGUUGAUUCUCCUGCAUGCACUUGCUGUCGGAGACGGAACGCUUUCAAAAUCGUCGAAGAAAAAGGGCAAGAAAAAUGGUUCUAAAGAGCUUUCCCUCAAGACGGUUUUCGAGCGAGGAUUGGUUGCAGAAGAAGUAAAACCGAGGGAUAUCUUGAAGAAUUACGAGGCGUAUUGUACUCGAACUACAGCACAAAGAAAUAUUGAAAACACCUUGGCUUAUGUUACCCCUUGGAACAACAAAGGCUAUGACAUUGCGAAAAUGUUUGCUGGGAAAUUUUCAUAUGUCUCACCAGUUUGGCUACAAAUAAAACGAAGACGAUCUGGAAACUUUGUUAUUGAGGGAACGCAUGAUAUUGACGGAGAUUGGGUUAGUUCUGUUCAAUCAUCUGGGAAUAACACAAGAAUAGUACCCAGGCUGCUGUUUGAUAAAUGGAGUCAGUCUGAUUUUCACGCAAUCUUCAGUAACGAGAAUGCAAUGAAUGACUUAGUCGCUUCUGUUGUUAACUUUAUAAAGGCCCAUAACUUUGAUGGUAUUGUCCUUGAAGUUUGGAUGCAGUUUCGUGGUGAUUCACGGCAUGAGUUAUAUCUUCUUGUAAGCAAGCUAGCCAACGCUCUACAUUCAGAAGAUCUCCGGAUAAUUCUAGUUGUUCCACCCUUGGCCAUGAAUGAUAUGGCCAAAAAUCGUGGAGUAUUUUCAAGGGAAGAUUUUCAACUCCUUUAUCCGGUAGUGGAUGGAUUUAGUUUGAUGACUUAUGAUUACUCCUCACAUGGAGGGCAAGCGGGUCCUAAUGCUCCUCUUAAGUGGGUCAGAGAAAGUGUCAAGGCUUUAUCACCGGACUCCAACGAACAGAGAAAGAAAGUUUUCGUUGGACUUAAUUUUUACGGAAUGGAUUAUUCCCCCAGCGGAGGAUCAGCUGUCGUUGGAACGAGGUACAUAGAGCUGUUGACGAAACACAAAUCUGACGGCAAGUUUACUUGGGAAAAAGAAAUUGGGGAACACGCAUUUUAUUACAAAGCGGGUGGUAUCACUAGAGUCGUGUUUUAUCCAACACUAAAGUCAAUCAGCGAAAGACUGAAUGUGGCGAAUGAACUAGGAGUUGGCAUCGCGAUCUGGGAGAUUGGGCAGGGAUUGGACUACUUCUAUGAUUUAUUAUAAUUGAUUAUAAUUUAUGUCUGAAUGGGCUAUGUUUAGACGGUUUUUAGCAUUAGGAUAAUUUCAAAUUUUAGAACAUUUUUUACAUGCAUUUGCGUUCGAAUUUCGAAAACACACGAAUAGAACCACUCGAGUUCUCAUAACUUCGCCAGUCCGUUUGUCCGCGAAUCCUAUCUUCGUAUGCUUUUUCCUCACUCUCUCGGGAUUAAAAGAGUUAUAUUCGCACGAAAAUUUCCAUUUAUUUUAGACGAAAAUGCAACUUUGAGGGUUCAACAUCUGCCCCAUUUCGCUUGAAGUAACAUUUUAGUAAAUUAUUCUGGCUACCUGCAAAAAUAGAUGUAAAUUUUCGUUCGAGUAUUCUACUUUUCAAUCACAAAAUUCCACGAAAAAAACUGCUUUGGCAAGAGAACGAAUUUUUUCUUAUCGGGUAUUUUUAUUGUUGAAACUUGAGUCAACUUGGGAUUGGCUCUAUUUAGGAAUUAGGAAACAAACUAGUAAAAUUACAAAGGGAUGUGUUAUUUAAAAAAUAAAUAUUAUAAAUUAAGAUUUCC